AUGUUGUCGAGAUUUCAAAAUGUGAGAGGCAUUGCAACUUCCGCACCAAAAACUAUCCAAAAAAUCAAAGUUGUUAAUCCAAUUGUUGAUUUGGAUGGAGAUGAGAUGACAAGAAUCAUAUGGAAGGAGAUCAAAAGCAAGGUAGAUAACAUUUUUUCGUUGUUUUUGGAAAAAAGAGAACUUUUCAGUUGAUCCUUCCGUAUUUGGAUUUGGACAUCAAAUAUUAUGACUUGGGAUUGCCUUAUAGAGAUGAAACUAAUGAUCAGGUUGGUUUUGGGAAUUAGAAAGAAGGGUAUAUUUUAUGAGAAGUAUUUUGAAUUUGAACUUUUCGUGGGUGUUUCUUUGAGCUUUUUGUUAUAUAAACUCAAAUUUUUAUUAAUAUUUUCUGGAUUUUUUCAUUAUAAUUUAGAAAAUCAAAAUCAAAAUAUGAUGAAUUUCAAGAAACAUAUAUUCUGACUUGUUUUUUGGGAAUCUUUUUCAAUCAUGAAAUAAAUCUGUACUCGUAAAAAGGAAGUACAAUUUCAUGUCAGUUCCAAUUAGAGAUUCUGCAAAAAAUUGGGGAACGGGAAAGGGAACCGGAAAAAACCAAACAUCCAAGAAAAAUAUUUUUUAUUCAGAAACUUGGAAAAUGGGAUGGAAAAAUGUUCUAAUUGACCCAGAAUAAAAAAUUUGCUUUAUUUGUUACCAAAUUUCAUUUGCAGGUCACAGUUGACGCCGCCAAUGCUAUCCUCAAACACGGUGUUGGAAUUAAAUGCGCGACAAUCACCCCAGACGAAGCGCGUGUCAAAGAAUUCAAUCUCAAAAAAAUGUGGCUAUCACCAAAUGGAACAAUUCGCAAUAUUCUUGGUGGAACUGUUUUCCGAGAGCCGAUUCUUUGCAAUAAUAUUCCAAGAUUAGUUCCUGGAUGGACGCAGCCAAUUACAAUUGGUCGACACGCUUUUGGUGAUCAAUAUAGAUGUACAGAUGUAGUUGUUCCACAAGGUUCGACUGUUGAGUUAGUUGUAAAAAAUGCAGAUGGUUCUACUCAAGUUCACAAGGUUUAUGAUUUCAAAUCUUCGGCUGGAGUUGGAUUAGCUAUGUAUAACACUGAUGAAGUUAGUUAACAAAUAGGAAAAUUAAAUUUUCGAACAAAAAAUAUCUUGUAACUGUAAAUUUCAAAUACCUCUCGCAAAUUGAGUUGAAGUUAUCUCAAGUUAAUUAAUCGAAUUGUCAUUUUCCUGGAAGUUUUUUCAACGUUCCUAAAUUAAAUUAAUUAUCAGAGCAUCCGUGGAUUUGCUCACUCAUGUUUCCAAUACGCACUCUCGAAAAAAUGGCCACUCUACCUUUCAACUAAAAACACAAUCUUGAAAAAAUAUGAUGGAAAAUUCAAGGAUAUUUUCCAAGAAAUUUACGAGGCCAAUUACCAAACCGACUACAAAUCUGCAAAUAUUUGGUAUGAACAUAGAUUGAUUGAUGAUCAAGUUGCUCAAGCAUUGAAAAGCUCCGGAGGAUUUGUCUGGGCUUGUAAAAAUUAUGAUGGUGAUGUUCAGAGUGAUAUUGUUGCACAAGGAUAUGGAUCACUUGGAUUGAUGUCAUCUGUUUUAAUGUGUCCAGAUGGAAAAACUUUAGAAGCUGAAGCUGCACAUGGAACUGUCACCAGGCAUUAUAGAGAAUAUCAAAAGGUUUUUUUGAUUUUUGCUCUUUCAAAAAAACAGCAAAGAAUAAGAAAAGUUGUAGGGUAAUAGCACGUCGACCAAUCCAAUUGCCUCAAUUUUUGCAUGGACAAGAGGUCUUCAUCAUCGAGCUGUUCUUGACAACAACGAGUCAUUGAAAAAGUGAGUUUGAGCAGCAAAAAAAUGAAGAAGAGAAAAAAACGAGUAAUUGUGUCUUUUUGGGGUUUCAAAGAUCUAAAGGGUUUCCUGUAUUUUACUGGCUGACAUACAAAUUAAACGUACUAUUUUAAUUUUUCAAAACUUGACUUCCACAUUCUAUAAAAUUAAUCACAAAAGAUAAACCAAACUGACUAUUCAAGUUUUCGAAAACAUUCUGAUGAUUAUUAUUUAUCAAUCCGAUUUGAAAACAAAUCCCAGAGACAUCUGAAAAUAUGUUUUUGUUAAACGAAGUUUGAAAAUCAAAGCUCAAAGUUUAACUACGUCACGGGGUUUCGCUGUACUGUAAUACAAAAAAAUGAAGUUCAGUUGAUCCAUUGAAAUAUAUCGAAUACAAAUUUUCAAAUAAUAUUCAUAGAAUUCCUAAAAUUUUCCAGAUUCUCUCUAACCCUUGAAAAAGCCUGCAUCGAAACAGUUGAAGAAGGAAAAAUGACCAAAGAUCUCUCAAUUUGCAUUCACGGAAUCAAAAAAGGAUCAGAAAGAGGCGCAUAUCUUGUGACUGAAGAUUUUCUAGCUGCAAUUGACACCAAAAUGGCAAGCCUUAUGAAAAAUUAA